AACUGAUCCACAAUCUCGUUACUUUAAUUAGUAUGUUGGUGUAAACUAUUUAGAUCAUAAUUACUAUACACUAAGCAAUUGGGGGCAUUUGUUUUCCACUAAAAAAAUAUCUUAUAUUGCAUUGAUGAUUUACAAGGUGAUUGGUGCUCUUUUAAGGCUAUAUUAUUUAUAACAACUAGUGUUAUUUAAGCUGGAUUUCAUGAAUCUUGACGGUUAAGUUCAAAUCACCAAGUCUUUUGCGAUAUUUGGUUUCAGCCUUCCACGUGGUGUUUCAUCUUUUAUAUAUAUAUAUGGGUCGGACUGGUGUACGUCAAGCGUAUAAGAUACGCCAGGUAUUACUAGUGGGAUAUCUCUAUCUAGAUAAUGAAUUAAAUCGAAUUUGGGGUAUGAUACUAUACCUAACCUCUAAUGGAUAAACCCCAUACACCGAUUUUCUAAACCCCAACCCGAUUAAUGAAUAACAAAAAUUGACCGUUGAAAUCGGCCAGAGCUCAUCUAAAUACAUCUAACGGUUAGAUCACCUGUUGUAUAGUAUACGCCUGACGUACUCACGUACACUAGUUAUUACCUAUAUAUAUACCACUACUACUAGUAGUCUAGUACUACAUGCACAAACCCGAUUUUCCAUAACCGCCACCAUUCGCUAGCUGCCGAUCGAGCUAGAUCCCUCUCCAUAUAUAGCUCGCCCGAAAUUAAUUAACUUCGUUGAACACUAUUAAUUGUAUCCGUUCUUUCAAAAAAAAAAAAAAUUUGUACCUGUUCCCGUCGUUUCGUCAUGAUGAUGGCGCGGGUAGAAGGGCCACGGCGGCGGCAUGAUGGUGGUUAUGACGGCGACGAUAAGGGGACGGUGGUGAUCGAGUUGGGGAGCUUCGCGUUGGAGACGGCCGCCGAGUACUGCAGCCGGCAGAGGCCUGCCGGCGACAACGAUCACAGCUCCCAAUUGUCAGCCAGGGAGAUGGAAGCCCUCACGGCUCUCUGCGACACCUUCUUGCCCUCCAUCACGAUGACGGCGGCGAAGACCGUCGAUCCCUCCGUCGCCGCGUUCUACCAAACGUCGGCUUCCAUGGCCGGAACUCCUCAACGGAUAGGAAGGAUAAUCAGUGAGAGAUUGGAGCACCCAAAGGUCUGGCUGGUAAGACUUGCCUUCUGGCUGCUUUCAACAUGGAUUGGGACCUUCCUCUUCUGCGGGAGGAAGAGCAUCUGUGGUCGAUUCCCAUUCUUCCUCAGUUUCCCUCAAAUCCCUCUGCAGGGAAGGGAACAGAUCCUCCUCAACUGGUCUCAAAGCUACUUCUUCCUCCUCAGGAUGCUCUUCAAGACUUUGAAACUCAUCAUCCUACUCGUUUUCUUCUCCCAGGUAGAUGAGCAGAAUGAGAACCCAGCAUGGAAAGCAAUUGGCUAUCCUGGACCAGACCCAGCUGCUGCUGAUGAUCAUCAUCAUUCCACCACUAAAGAAGACAUCUAUGGACCACUCUGCAGAGGUCUCAUUCACAUGAACCUUCCAAAGAACAUAGUUGCAGACUGCCUACACAGAUCAGGAUUUCCAGCCACCAUCUGUCGUGCUACGGGAACAUUCAACAUCAAAUGUGAUGCCGUAGUAGUUGGCUCUGGCUCGGGAGGUGGUGUGAUUGCUGGUGUACUAGCAAAAGCCGGGUACAAAGUGCUUGUCCUGGAGAAAGGAAGCUACUUAGCCAGAAGCAACCUCUCACUCCUGGAAGGCCCUUCCAUGGACCAAAUGUACCUCUCGGGAGGUCUCAUGGCCACCGACGACACGAGCUUCGUGGUCCUCGCGGGCUCCACAGUGGGUGGUGGCUCCACAAUCAACUGGUCUGCCUCGCUUGAAACCCCACAGAACGUGACCAAAGAGUGGAGCGAUGAUCAUCAAUUGGAGCUGUUCGAGAGCAAGAUGUACAGAGAAGCAAUCCAGGUUGUUUGCGAGAGGAUGGGGGUUCAGUCCCAAAUCCAUGGAGGGGAAGGACUCAACAGUGCUGUGCUGAGAAAAGGGUGCCAGAAAUUGGGGUAUCCGGUGAACGACAUUCCCAGGAAUUCCGACCCAAAUCACCACUGCGGCUGGUGCAACUUUGGGUGCAAGAAUGGGAAGAAGAAGGGAACUUCGGAGACAUGGCUAGUAGACUUGGUGGAUUCAGGGAAUGGCGUGAUUCUCCCAGGCUGCAAUGCAGUCCAAGUCCUGCACGAAAGGAAGAAAGGGAAAUCAUCAACAAAUCGAGAAAAGGCAACUGGGGUCGUAUUCGAAUUCGAAUCAUACGGUGGAGGAUCGAGGACGAAAAUUACCUGCAGGGUUGAAUCCAAAGUUACAAUAGUCGCUUGCGGAGCUCUCAGCACUCCGCCAUUGCUGCGGAGAAGCGGCCUGAAGAAUCCCCACAUCGGGAAGAAUCUCCACCUCCACCCAGUCACAAUGGCGUGGGGAUACUUCCCGGAAGAAGAAGAAGAAUCAAAGCAGAAGAGCUACGAAGGAGGGAUAAUGACAGCAAUGUCAAGGGUUACUGCCGACGAAUCAACGGACGGAUCCUAUGGGGCAAUUAUUCAAACACCUUCUCUACAUCCAGGAAUGUUCGCGGGUCUAAUGCCGUGGGUCUCCGGAUCGGACAUGAAACUGAGGAUGACAAGGUUUUCGCGAACGGCCCACGUAUUUACCUUGGCGAGGGAUAAGGGAUCCGGAACCGUCGGAGAUUCUCACAGCAGAAUCAGCUACAGGGUGGGAGAUUCCGACGAGAGGAAUCUGCAGAAGGGGGUGGAGAAGAUGCUGAGGAUUCUGGCGGCGGCCGGAGCGGAAGAGAUCGGGACGCAUAAUUUGGGCGGUAAGAGCAUAAACGCGAAGAAAGCGAGCCGCGAUGAGUUCGAGAGGUUUGUGAAGGAGGAGAGCCGGCGGCCGGUGAGAGGACUGGCGACGCAGCUGUGCUCGGCGCACCAGAUGGGGAGCUGCCGGAUGGGGGCGGAUCCGGCGGCGUCGGCGGUGAAGGAGACGGGGGAAACGUGGGAGGUGGAAGGGCUUUACGUGGCGGAUUCCAGCGUGUUCCCGACGGCGCUUGGGGUGAAUCCCAUGGUCACCGUUCAGGCGAUCGCUUAUUGCACGGCUCAGUCGGUUCUUGAGCGCCUCAAGCGGAAGAAAUUUUGUUGAAUACUGUUUACUGAAUUUCCAGCUCAUAAUCAUAAAUUGGAUUUGUUUUUAAUGGGCGGUUUUGGAUGCCAUCAUUUCUGUAAUCUACAUACUUGGGAUAAAUAAAUUAUAGGUUAUAGA